AUGGCAUCGAUUUAUAGUAGUGAAUGGUUGUUGAUUGGCAUUCUCUUGCAUUUGAGUGCGGGUAUAUCGUUCAAUCAGCCAAAAUUUUCUCCAUGUGCGUACUGGAAUCCGAAUGGAACUUUUUUUGCUAAUGCCAGCUCAAAACCUUUUGGAUUGUUCGUCAGUGUGAACAACAUUGUUUAUGCCUCUGAACAAGCUACCAACCGUUUUCAGGUAUGGUCUAAUUCAGGUGACACUCCAAUUAGAACAGCAUCUGCUGGCCUGUCCAACCCAGCUGCUAUCUUUGUUCAUGACAAUGGCGACGUUUAUAUUGACAAAGGCAGUACGGUUGCCAAGUGGACUUCCAACUCAACCAGCAGCAUCGACGUGAUGAAUGUCGAUGCACAAUGCAUGGGAAUGUUUGUUGAUAUGAACAAUGCGCUGUAUUGCAGUGCUGGCGGCUCCAACAAAGUGCUGAAACGAGCCCUGAAUUCCAGUACAAUGAAUGCAACGGUCAUUGCCGGUAAUGGCACUUGUUCAUCGCAACCAAAUACAAUUUGUAAUCCUCAUGGAAUCUUUAUUGAUAAUAAUCUCACUCUAUAUAUAGCUGAAUAUGGUCUCAGUAGAAUAAAUCGCUUUAGGAACGGUGAAGUCAAUGGAACAGCUAUAGUUGGAAGCAUGGUACCAGGAACAUUUUCUUUAAGUUCUCCGAUGGGUGUUGUGCUUGAUGUCGAUGGCUAUCUCUUCAUUGUGGAUCAAGGAAAUAAUAGAAUUGUUGGAUCGGGACCACUUGGAUUUCGAUGUAUAGUUGGAUGUUCUGGUAGUAGUGGCUCAGCACUCAAUCAGUUACAAGGUCCACGGUCACUUGCUUUCGAUACUGAUGGGAAUUUAUACGUUAGCGAUCGGGAAAAUGAUCGCAUCAUGACAUACACUUUAUUUAACAGCUCAUGUGUUUACACCACGACUACAUCAACAUCGACAAGUUCAACCUCGACAACCUCAACCUCGACAACGUCAACAUCAACCUCAACAACGUCAACCUCAACAAGUUCAACCUCAUCAACAUCAACAACGUCAACCUCAACCUCAACAACGUCAACAUCAACAAGUUCAACCUCAACAACAUCAACAAAAACAACGUCAACAUCAACAUCAACAACGUCAACAAGUUCAACCUCAUCAACAUCAACAACGUCAACCUCAACCUCAACAACGUCAACAUCAACAAGUUCAACCUCAACAACGUCAACAUCAACAACGUCAACCUCAACAACAUCAACAAAAACAACGUCGACAUCAACAUUAACAACGUCAACGAGUUCAACCUCAUCAACAUCAACAACGUCAACCUCAACCUCAACAACGUCAACAUCAACCUCAACAAGUUCAACCUCAUCAACAAAAACAACGUCAACAUCAACAUCAACAUCAACAACGUCAACAAGUUCAACCUCAACAACAUCAACAAGUUCAACCUCGACAACCUCAACAUCAACAAAAACAACGUCAACAUCAACAUCAACAACAUCAACAUCAACCUCAACAACGUCAACAUCAACAAGUUCAACCUCAACAACAUCAACAAAAACAACGUCGACAUCAACAUUAACAUCAACAACAUCAAUAAUAUCGACCUCAACGACGGUAUACUCAGUCUCGAAUGUCUCAAAUUGCAGUUUCACGAAAUAUUCAUCUUAUCUUGUCUCAAACGUUAAAUCAGAUUUUACUAGUGCUCAAAUCUGCUGUGAAUCGAUGAACAUGACACUUAUAGAAAUCGAGUCAGCCAACGAGCAAGCGCGCAUACUCAAUAUAACCACGUUGAUACAAGCUCCUUUUCUCAUCGGACUCAAUCAAACAUGUGGUACUAACAAUUACAGUGCAUGGCUUUCAGGCAAACCAGUUUUAUUCAGUAAUUUCGGCCAACCUUCAGACUGUUCACGCUCGAAACAGUGCUUCGUUUAUGAGAACAAUUCUGAUGCUCGAUGGAUAGCUGUAAACUGUUCACUUUUAUCCCAUUUCGUUUGCGAAUCCUAUCAAGAUAUUUCUUAUCAAUGGAGGCGAAGUGCAGGUGAUGGAACAAAUAAUAUUCAAACUGCUUAUUUAUCUCACAAAAACGAGCGAACCACUGUAUAUCAGCAAGUUAAUUUAGGAGAAACAAGUUUACUACGUUGUUCUAAAUCAUGUUUCAAGAACAGCAACUGUAUCGCAAUCAAAUAUGAGCAAAGCAACUGCCAGCUGUUUCUUAGCUGA